AUGAAGGAGAAAACCAUGGCAUCCUCGGAGACAACGCCCUUGUUGGCAGUAAAUGUCGCUCCGCAGCGCUACCGGUACCCACAUCAUACUAUUCGCCGUACAUGUACCUCGAUUCUGGCAAUCCUGCUAGCGAUUAGUACUGUUCUCUUUCUUAUCCCAUCUUCUGUUUGGUCAUAUCUCCCGUGGAAUUCCGGUCAUGGUCUGCCCCACAAAUCAUGGCCACAUGGCAAUGGACUUCCCUAUGAUCAAUUGCAGGAUAUUCUCCUCAAUACUCCAUCGGCUGCUAAGGUUCGCGAGUGGAGCUCCUACUAUACCGCUGGGCCCCACCUGGCAGGCAAGAACCUUAGCCAAGCUCUUUGGACCAUGGAAAAAUGGAAGGAGUUUGGCGUGGAAGAUACCACUCUGGCUACUUACGAUAUCUACCUGAACUACCCACUCGGUCACCGGCUGGCUUUGCUAAAGAAGUCGGGUGAUAAGACCGAUGUUACCUUCGAAGCUACCCUAGAAGAGGAUUUACUGGAGGAGGAUCCUACUUCGAGCCUGCCGGAUCGAGUUCCUGUCUUCCACGGGUACUCGGCCAGUGGAAACGUUACGGCCCAGUUCGUGUAUGCCAAUUUUGGUACCUAUUGGGACUUUGAGGACUUGGUCAACGCCAAUAUUCCCUUGGAAGGCAAGAUUGCAAUCGUCAAGUAUGGUGGUAUCUUCCGAGGACUUAAGGUGAAGCGUGCACAGGAACUUGGAAUGGUCGGAGUAUUAAUUUACAGUGAUCCCCAAGAAGAUGGUGAAAUCACCGAAGAAAAUGGUUAUGAAGCUUACCCCAACGGACCUGCUCGUAACCCUAGUGCGAUCCAGAGAGGAAGCACACAGUUCUUGAGUAUUGCUCCUGGCGACCCAACCACUCCCGGGUAUGCAUCUAAGCCAGGUGUUGAACGUCAAGACCCGCAUAACUCAAUCCCCUCUAUUCCAUCCCUUCCGAUCUCUUACAAGGAGGUCUUGCCUUUCUUGAAGGCACUGAAUGGCCAUGGACCCAAAGCCUCGGACUUUAAUGAGUACUGGCAGGGUGGUGGCCUAUCGCCCAAGGGUGUCGAAUAUAACAUUGGUCCCUCACCUGAAGAUGUUGUUAUCAAUCUAAACAAUGAGCAGGAGUACGUGACAACUCCUCUCUGGGAUGUUAUCGGUGUUAUCAAGGGAAGUAUUCCAGAUGAGGUCAUCAUCCUGGGUAACCACCGUGAUGCGUGGAUUGCCGGCGGCGCCGGCGACCCCAACAGCGGAUCUGCAGCUCUCAACGAGGUCAUUCGCAGCUUCGGUGAGGCUCUGAAGGCUGGCUGGAAGCCCUUGCGCACAGUUGUCUUUGCUAGCUGGGAUGGCGAAGAGUAUGGUCUGCUUGGUUCUACCGAGUGGGUGGAAGAAAAUCUUCCCUGGCUUUCCAAGGCCAAUGUAGCCUAUCUCAACGUGGAUGUUGCUGCUGCUGGCACAGAAUUUGGUCCCCGUGCUGCACCGCUCCUGAACCAGGUCAUCUACGAGGUGACUGGGCUGGUUCAAUCGCCCAACCAAACAGUUCCCGGCCAAACCGUACGUGAUGUUUGGAAUGGCAAGAUUGCGACCAUGGGAAGUGGUAGUGACUUUACCGCGUUUCAAGACUUCGCAGGCGUUGCGAGUCUGGACUUUGGAUUCAGCCACGCAAAGAAUGACCCCGUUUACCACUAUCACUCUAACUAUGAUAGCUUUGCUUGGAUGGAAAAGUAUGGAGAUUCAGACUGGAGCUACCACGUUGCGUGCACUAAGCUAUGGGCGCUAGCAGCGGCACGUCUGAUCGAGUCGCCUGUUAUUGCUUUUAGCGCGGCUGAUUAUGCCAGUGGUCUAUACACAUACCUUCACAAGGUUGCGCCUGUUGCAAAGGAUCUUCCUCAUGGCUUGCACUUUGACUUUGCUCCUCUGAAUCUGGCUAUCUUGAAGUUCCAGUCGGCCGCAGCGGGCUUUGACGCCUACACAGCCAGCCUCACCGAGCAGCUUGGCGAGGACAUUCCUUGGUAUCACUGGUGGAAGAAGGCUCAGCUUUACGUAGAGAUUCGUAUCGCCAAUAACAAAUAUAAAGGCUUGGAGCGUGCAUUCCUGUACGAGCCAGGUCUUGACGGUCGUGAUUGGUUUAAGCACGUUGUUUUUGCGCCUGGAAUUUGGACAGGAUAUUCGGGAGCUACUUAUCCUGGAUUGGUGGAAAGCCUUCAGGCGCGGGACCUGGCAAAUGCUGAGAAAUGGAGCGAUAUCAUCCAAGAUCGGAUUCACGCCGCAACCAAGCUUUUGUCUUAA